AUGGCUGAUAUAGAAGCUACAAGAGCUGAAAUUGUUUUUGCUUGGAUUGUGUUUCUAUUAAUUAUGAAAAAUGUUGUUCUCUUGAUUCUACUAGCAGUUCUUCGUCGACGAGCUGGUGUUUUUCAAGCACCUGAAGAUGUCGAGCAGUUUCAUGGACAACAGUAUGUAAACGAGAAUGAUGAUUGGUCUCUCAGUAGUCGUGUUAACCGAUGCCUUCGAAACGAUGCUGAAUAUGUACCAUAUUUCUUGGUUCUCUAUAUGAUUUUAUUUUGGACAUGGGAAGAAACAUCGACGCCUCCAUAUAUUCAAUACAAUCACAUCCUUGCACGUACGGUAACUUAUGGAGCAUCAUAUGAUCCUGUAUCAUCAUCGAACUCAUUAUUCAAAAUUGAUCCAUUAAGCGGAAAAUUUACACUUUUCACACCUUUAACGAAUUACAAAGCAUACGAUGUUACUUAUGAUUUUAUUCAUAAAAUUUUCUAUGUUUUUGGUAGUGAAGCAACGUUAGAAAAAGAAGCAGCAUUGUCAGUGGCCAUAGUUAAUCCAUUCAAUGGCACAAAAAAAUAUCGAACAAUUACGACAGAACGUUAUGCCGAACUAUUUGGUUUACGUGUUGAUAGUAGUACAGGAAAAUUAUACUCAGUACAAAUGGAUGACGCAUUAGAAAAUCCGACAAGUAUCGUUCAGAUAGAUCCAAGUAAUUUUAUAGCGAAACGAUGGGUAAAUAUAAGCAAAGCCAGUGGUGUACAACCUGAUUCUAUGGCAAUCUUUUUUAAUUCAACGGUUCAUCAAUAUUUUGUAACAGUGCCCUAUGAUUCUGAUUAUCUUGUUGGUAUUGAUGUCGUUAAACGAAAAAUAAUCAGUGAAAUAACCAAUUCAAAUUUACCAGCUUAUUUAUGUUAUGAUAAUAAAACGAAUGCUUUUUAUGGUAUGGAGAUUUUCCAGACAGAACGUGGCUGUCGUUUAGUGCGUUUAAAUCCAUAUAAUGGUACAAUGGAGAUUUUAUCCAAAGAUUUUAAAGAUUAUGAACCAUCGACUGGUGCUUGUCAUGAAGGAUAUUAUUUUACAAUGAUUGUCGAGGGUCUAGAUAAACAAAAUAUUGUCACAUUUGAUUUAAGCAAUAAAGCCAAAAUAAUUGCAAAUAAACCAGCACAAGAAUAUUUAGAUUCAUUUGCAUUUGUCCCACUUUAG